AUGUCGGUAGCGGGCUUCAAGAAGCAGUUUUAUAAAGCCAGCCAGAUGGUGAGUGAGAAAGUCGGCGGUGCUGAAGGAACGAAACUAGACGAGGACUUCAAAGACUUGGAGCGGAAAGUAGAUGUGACCAGUAAAGCGGUAGUGGAGGUAAUCUCCAAAACAUCCGAAUACCUUCAGCCCAACCCAGCCUCGCGGGCCAAGCUGUCCAUGUUGAACACCAUGUCGAAGAUCCGCGGCCAGGUGAAGAACCCCGGCUACCCUCAGGCCGAGGGGCUGCUGGGCGAGUGCAUGGGCAAGUAUGGACGGGACCUCGGAGAGGAAACCAACUUUGGCGGAGCGCUGGUGGAUGUCGGAGAGUCCAUGAAGAGAUUGGCGGAAGUCAAGGACUCCCUAGACAUCGAUGUGAAACAAAACUUCAUCGAUCCGUUGCAAGGGCUCUGCGACAAAGACCUCAGAGAGAUACAGCAUCAUUUGAAGAAGCUGGAAGGCCGCCGCCUGGACUACGAUUACAAGAAAAAGCGCCAGGGCAAGAUCCCCGAUGAGGAAGUCCGACAGGCGCUGGAGAAGUUUCAUGAGUCAAAGGAAGUGGCCGAGACGAGCAUGUACAACCUGCUGGAGACUGACAUAGAGCAAGUGAGCCAGCUCUCCUCCCUGGUGGAGUCCCAGCUGCAGUACCACAGACAGGCGGUGCAGGUGCUGGAGGAGCUUUCUGACAAACUUAAAGACAGGAUGAAUGAUGCGCAGACCCGGCCGAGACGUGAAUACACACCCAAACCCAAACCCAUCUAUGACUUCGGAGAAGACAACCAGUCGAAUGGCGGCUACUCCACCUCAGCGGCUCCUCCCCCUUCACGCAACUCUGCCCCGGAGCAGCCGUGCUGCAAGGCGCUUUACGACUUUGACCCGGAGAACGAGGGCGAGCUGGGCUUCCGCGAGGGCGACGUCAUCACCCUGACCAAUCAGAUCGACGAGAACUGGUACGAGGGAAUGCUGAACAGCCAGUCGGGGUUCUUCCCCCUCAACUACGUCGAGGUCCUCGUCCCGUUGCCACACUAAUUCAUGGAGAGAGCCGGGGAGGAGACUGAUGAAGAGGAGGAGGAGGGAGGGAGGGAGAGAGAGCGUUAGUUAGGAGUGAGGGAGGAAAGCGAAGCCGAGUGCUGGUCCGCAGAAUAUUCAUUUUCACCUUCAGCUCCGACGUCACCAUCACAGUCGAGCACUUUUUGAUCUGGAGAAGGUCCAGAGCAGCGCAUCCACCCGUUUCCACCCAAAGGUAAAGAAUCUCAGGUGGACACAGAGCGUCGUCACCCGUUAUCUGGCAGUCAGAGACAUUUCCUGAGGACUAACUGUUGACACAUUUACAAGCAAUAAUUUCCCAUCACUGAAAUCAUUAAUGCUAUUUUUGAUGGACUCCGGGGUUGUGAUGGUGGCGCCGCAUUUCACAUCAUCCGUUUUGUGUGACUGCAGACUUCUUUUUACAACUCUGAUCAGUCAACAGUCUGUUGUUUUCAAACUGAAGAGGCCUCCUCAAAGCUCUUCUGCGCGUGGAACACGACUGAAUAUUGAUCUCAUUUCAGGAGCCCCUUGAGGCCUGGAGCUCUUUAUGCCACCUGCUGGCGAGACGGACCUGCUACUUUAACCUAAACUUAAACUACACACCACCAGGGAUGUAGUUUAGUUAAUUGCAUCUAAAAUACAAAUACAGAAAUGAUGAAAAGAAAUGAUAGAGAAACGAUGCAGAAUUAGCCCCAGAUGUAGACCAUUUCCCGUUUUUGGCCUGUUAGUGAUGCUUUUUUUAAAAAGGUCUAUGUCUAAGCUGUGCUUUGCUCAUAGCUUCACAAGGCCACAGUAAUAUAAUAACAUUUUAAUAAAUGUGUUAUUACAACACAGGCCUGAUAUAGUGGUGUCUCAGUAUUUGAGUUGCGUUCGUGUCAACCCACUACAGUAGUUUUUAAAGUGGAACUGAAUACUGAAUAUGUGAGAAGACGAUGUAAUUGCACCUUGGUCCUCAAAUGAGAUUGAUGCGUCCACCGUUACACGCAGACCCAAAGUUAAAUGCAGACGUUGCACCGUUUUGUCACUCAAGGGAGGCGUGUGUUUGUUUAGAGAUGCAGGAGGAUUCGUUGUUUAGCGGUUGUCUGUUGGUCUGUUCGAUAAGAGGAGACGGCCAAAAAGUCUUUUAUAAAAUGCAAUAGAAACAUUUCGCUUGGUGCGCCUGUUUGUUACACUAAGUAUUCUGUGGCCAUAUAUUCAUUUAGUUUAAGGCCUGCUUGACUCGGCAUGUUCAGCCUUUCCCUCUUGUCGGGUCCCUCGACGCGCGUCAGGCGCCUGUUAACUGGGUGCCCGAUCGACGGGGGCUGCUGGUCAGUCCCUCGCAGUCGUCAAUGUGUGUCCCGCUAUUUCUGUCUUUUUGAGAAUGUGAAGCUCCUCUGCGCUUUGAAACGUAUUCUAACCCUGUGAUGUUGAUGAUUCGCCGCGCCGCUGAUGUGGUUUAUUCGUCCGUACGUCGGGCUGUUCAGGUAACCCACGAAGACGAGGCCGGUUUCUCGUUGUGGCCGCAGCCCUCCGACGCGACGUACACUUUAAAGUAUGAGGGAAAGACCUGGAGUGAAAGGGAAAACAUCAUGGUAAAGUAAUUGUCAUUUGUUUUUGGUGUCCACUUUUGUCAUUGUCUUUUUUUUAUUUUUUUUUUGCCAACACAAGAAUCCUAACCAAACGCGUGUCGACGGUCCGGCUCAUUUUGAAUUGUCGGGGGAGGCAAAGGUUUUAGUCGUGAGUCGCAAAUGUGUUCACUUUCUGCUAAACAUCCCUUUUUGUUGUGCGUUUGUCCAUCGAUCCACGGUGCCGAACUCCUCCCCCACUACUGGGUUUGGUCCUAAUAUGUUUACAUCUCUGAUCUUACUACAUUUAAUACUUGUUCUGGGUAAAGUCAAAGGAGUGUAUGAGGUGCUGUCUGGAUCACACUGUUCCAAUAAGGACUUUGAUAGCUUUGUUUUAGUGCCUUUUGGGAAAGAAAAGAGGGAAAGCACCGCUACUAAUCCAGCAACCAAAACCGUACCUUGCUACUUAAGAAUAUGGUCAUGAAGUUUCUUUUCUACUUUUGGUUUUUAUUUCCGGCCGUUGGCACUUUUCCUGUGUAAAGAUGAAAUGUGUGAUGCGUGCACAUUUCUGCACAGUUUUGACACUACAGGCAGUUUCCUGGACAUGUUGUUUGGUUUUUCAGCAGACCACCAGCCAAAACCGACCUUUAUGCAUAUUUGAAUCCAUGUUUUAAAAAAUAUGUCCCACUGUUGUUUUUUUAAGGGCUAUGUAUUUGUUCAAUCAGUCUUAAAUGCUUUUUGAACAGCAUUUAAUCAUUCUGGCUCUUUAUAGUAUUAUUUUUUUAUAACAUUUAAAUUAAUGUUUGCAUGUAGUCCUACAUUAGACCUUUUAAAUGUAUGUGUUUAGAUUUAAGUUGCCUUUUUACUUCCGGUAUGAGUACAGAAUUUAACCGCAAUGUUUUGUCUUUUAUUAUCAAAGUAUUUGUACGUACUUCUGUCACCCCCCCCCGCCUUCUUACAAUAAAAAGAAAACAAAGACGUUA